GUGGAGGGGGGUGGGGUGGCUCAGAGGGAGAAUCAGAGACUCACACUAUCCCUACGACUAGAAGAGCAGAGAGAUAGACACAACUCAGGGAGACUGUAUAAGUCUGGAGCAUAGAUCGUCAUGAGGACACCAACACACAGGCGUCGAUAGGAUGGAAGUGUACCCCCAUGAUGUGGCCAACUGGGACCCUUCGCCGUCUUAUUCUUCUCCAUCUAGGCAGCCUUUGGGCAUCGUCAUCAGGUCAUGAGGGGACAAGCGCAUCCUUGCGAUUACAACUUCUGGGCUUCUAAUAGGGAGUCAGCACCUGCUUGGUGUAAGCGCAGCAAACAUCAUGCUUGCCAGAAUACUUCUCUGGAUCCUUUACCUGCUACCUCUCGUAUCUGCUUUAGAAGAAAUUCUACUUGAUACAACCUACGAGACCUCAGAGAUUGGCUGGGCAACCUACCCUGAAGGAGGGUGGGAUGAAGUUAGUGUCCUAGACGGCCAACGGCGCCUCCUACGAACGUACGAAGUUUGCAAUUCAUAUGCUCAACGUUCCAACCAGAGCAACUGGCUCCGUACUGGUUACAUCGCUGCCCGCGGCACCCAGCGAGUCCAUGUCACACUCCGUUUCUCAAUACGAGACUGCGCCAGUUUACGACCACCGCCAGGAAGGCGUCACUUGGCCUGCCGGGAGACAUUCACGCUUUUGUAUCGACAAGCCGACGCUGCCAUGGAAGCGGAGGACUGGGAGUGGACAGAGGAGGCCUGGACAAAAGUGGAUACCAUUGGAGCGGGCAAAAGCUUUAGUAGGGACCCGGGUAAGGGAGGCGAGGGUCCACGGAUGGACGAGAGGAAUUUAGAUUUUGGGCCAGUCCGUAAAAAUGGAUUUUACUUGGCCUUUGUGGAUUCUGGGGCCUGCCUCUCUAUGGCUGGAGUCAAAGUUUUUUUUCACAAGUGCCCAGCCACUGUGAGGAGCCUGGCAUUCUUCCAUGAAACACCAUCUAGUGGAGGAGGAGGGGCGUCACUGGCUGAAGCCUUAGGCAGUUGUGUUGUUGGCGCUCACCCUUUGGGGACUACAAAACUCAGUCUACACUGCGGAGGAGAGGGGGAAUGGAUGGUGUCUAGCGGAAGUUGUGCCUGCAGUCCGGGGAGAGAAGUGAGUGAAGAUGGAACUGAGUGUCGGGGUAAGACUUGCCUGCCCGGGACAUACAACCCGUCUGAUGCCUCCACAGAUGGCUGCCAUCCCUGCCCAAGUAACAGCAACUCUACAACCUCAGGGGCGUUUACCUGUAGAUGUAACAGGGGAUUCUACCGCACCCCCGAGGAGUCCCCCAAUUCCCCCUGUACAGGACCUCCUUCAGCAGCUUGGGAUUUGAAUUACGAAGUGACCGGUCCUGGAUCUGUGUCCCUGACCUGGAGGACUCCUAAGGACUUGGGAGGUCGGAAGGAGGUCAUGUAUUCAGUGGCAUGUAAAGAGUGUAUGAGCGGACGCUGCCUCCGGUGUGGGAAUGGAGUGAUGUUCAGACCCGGACAGGUAGAACUCACCCAAACACGUGUCCAUCUCACUGGGCUCCUACCAGGCGUGGCCUACACCAUGGAGGUGCAGUCAACCAAUAAGGUGUCUGAAAUGAGUGCUGAACAGCCAAAACACGCCUCUCUGAACCUCAGCAUCAGCCAGUCAGUGCCAUCUGCUGUGCCCAUAAUACACCAAGUCAGUCGGUCGACUCAGAGUAUCACCUUAUCCUGGCCCGAACCGGAACAACCGAAUGGCAAGGUCCUUGACUAUCAGCUGCGUUACCGUGAAAAGGCGGACGAGGGGGAGUCUUUGUCCCUUAUCAGUGAAACAAAUACAGCUACAGUUGGAGGUCUCAACCCCGGAGCGAUUUAUGCCUUCCAGGUCAGAGCCAGGACGGAGCGUGGCUAUGGGUCCUACAGCGGGAACAUGUACUUCCAGACUCUGCUGGGCGGUAGUGAACAGGCGGAAGUAUCACAAGACAAGCUACCUCUUAUUGUUGGAUCCUGCCUGGGUGCUUUGGCCUUCAUUGGAAUGUCCAUCAUGCUCAUCAUUAUCCUUCUCUUCAAGAGUAAAAGAAGAGAAACUCCAUACACUGACAGACUGCAGCACUACAUCAGUUCAAGAGGUUUAGGAGUGAAGUAUUACAUUGAUCCUUCCACAUAUGAGGACCCCGCCGAGGCUGUGCGGGAGUUCGCCCGAGAAAUCGAUGUCACCUUUGCGAAGAUUGAAGAGGUGACGGGAACAGAAGAGUACGGUGAUGUCUGCCGUGGCCGCCUUUGUCUACCCGGAAAGCGAGAGAUAGCCGUGUGUAUCCGCACACUGCGCUCAGGGAGCGGAGACAAGGAACGCGCAGAGUUUCUCAGUGAAGCAAGCAUCAUGGGACAGUUUGACCACCCCAAUGUCGUGCGCCUUGAAGGGGCUGUGACCCGCAGUCGCCCCAUAAUGAUCCUUACAGAGUAUAUGGAGAAUGGGGCACUGGAUGCAUAUCUUCGACAAUGUGAAGGUGGUCUGUCGGCCCUGCAGAUGGUCUCUAUGCUGCGCGGAGUGGCGUCCGGUAUGCGUUAUCUUUCAGAGAGAAGUUACGUUCACAGGAAUCUGGCUGCUCGCAGCAUCUUGGUGAACGGCCAGCUGGUGUGUAAAGUGUCCGGCUUACGUGGGCCUGGAGAGGUGGUUGGCAGACAGUCAUUGCGUUGGAUGGCACCCGAAGCUCAUCAGCAAAGGAAAUUCUCCAGCUCUAGUGAUGUAUGGAGCUACGGGAUUGUCAUGUGGGAAGUGACAUCCUAUGGAGAAAGGCCAUACUGGGACAUGAGCAACCAGGAGGUGCUGGAUGCCAUUGAGCAGGAAUACCGCCUCCCUCCGCCCCCUGACUGCCCCAGCGCCCUGCACCUCCUAAUGUUAGACUGCUGGCAGCGGGAUCGCUCUCAGAGGCUGCGUUUUGAACAGAUUGUCAGCUCUUUGGAUCGGAUGAUUAGAAACCCCAAUUGUUUAAGAACCGUAGGAGUAUCAAAUAGCAGACCCUCUCAGCCGCUUCUGAGCAACUGUCCUCCGGAUCUCCCCUCCCUCUCCUCACCCCAUGAGUGGCUGGAGGCCAUCAAGAUGGAAAGAUACAAGGAGAACUUCGAUAAAGCCGGAUACACAAGUCUAGAUGUCAUUUCUCGUCUGACGGCUGAAGACAUCCAGCUAAUUGGUGUGACACUUUCUGGCCACCAGAAGAAGAUACUCAGCAGCAUUCAGCUCCUAAAAGCUCAUCUGCAGCCACUGGAACCCGUGGAAGUCUGAGGCCUUGGCAGAGACGGGCAUUCGUUGAGAUUCGGGAGACGUUAGCGGCCACGAGAGGCAGGGUGACUUAAGGAUACGAGACAGACUUAUGAAGAAAUAUCAGGCAAGACUGACAAAUUCACAGAGACAGGACAAUAACCAAGAGUAACACUGACUGACGUCAAGAUCUCAGUGUCGCUAGCGGCCAGCACGACUCCAGGGGACGCAAAGACAGCUCAAUGUACCAGAUGCCACAAGAUUCUUGGGCACAAGACAAGAAUAUUUAUUGGCAUUUAAAAAAACAUUACUGAUGGACGGUGGUGGAAAAAAGACGGUCAAGACAAGAUUAUUAAUUGGCAAUUGAGCAUCUAGAAACCAGUUACUGAUGGACAGUGGCGGAAACUAAUAAAGACAGACAUCUGUUCAGCACAAA